GGGUAUCAGACUCCUACGUUCACGUCAGGGGAACCUGCUACAAGUACUUUGCUGAGACAAAGACGUACGAUGAAGCCCAACAGACGUGUGCCGCGGACGGGGCGGUGUUAGCCAUGCCGAAAGACAGCGCGACCAACUCUUUUCUCGCCGGUAUGGGAACUGCUGGACGGUGGAUUGGGCUUUCUGACGCCCAGAUGGAAGGCCAGUGGGUAUUUACGGACGGCCAAACCCUGCAGUCAGCGGUCUAUUCUAACUGGAAACCAGGUCAACCAAACAAUUAUGGAUCUGGAGAAGACUGUGGCGAAAUAAAAAUUGACGGACUCUGGAAUGAUGAUGCAUGUCACGAAUCCAAGCCAUUCAUCUGUCAAUUACAACCAGUUCCCCCAGUAGCUGUUUGGCCCUUGGACGCAAAGUAUGGCGCAUCAGACGCUACAGGAAACGGAAAUGACGGGACAGCAACAGGAACCCAGUUAGCCCCUGGUCCGUACGGAAACGCAGACGGCGCUUUCCUGUUUUCGGGAGCUUCAAAUUCGUACGUCCACAUUCCAAACGAUGGCCAGUUAGAUGUGAGGUACUCCUACACCAUCCUGGCCCACAUAUAUCCUACUGGGCAGGCCGGGCCAAUCUUCCGCUACGCUGGGAAUCCCACAGCCGUAGCUAUUUGGCAGCAGGCUACAUGUAACCUUGUAAUGUGGCCGAAUGGAAGAGAUGGACAACCUGCACCUACCAUCCAAGCUGCUGUGCUAGAACAGAACGCCUGGAACUUCGUGGGUGGAACCUACGACAAUACCACAGGAGUGGGAUCCAUCUGGAAAAACGGCGAACGGGUCGGGCAGGCACAGGUCGGGUUCUCGUCAGUCGCAACCCAGUACGAUGUCCGGGUGGCCAAGACAGACGGUAACAGUCAGAUUUUCAAGGGUCGAAUCGCCUGUCUUCAGCUGUACGACUAUGCCUUGACAAGAGAGCAGAUUGUAGCAGCCUGGAAUGUGUGUAGAGCUGUGGACCCACCUGUAAACCUGGCCGUUACUGACGUCACGGAAGGAGGGUUCAAUGUCACGUGGUCUCCAUCCCGUGACCCUGACCUUCAGGGGUACCGUGUCGUGGUGCUGAGGCUGGACCUGACGACAGCUGUCAAUCACAGCACGGACCGGGCGUCAUGCAUGGUGGCCGGGCUGUCAUCGGAAACGGAUUACGUCAUCGAGGUGACGUCACUGGUCCUGUCGGAGGGUCGGAGGUCACGGAGCGAGGAGGCGAUCAUGCGCGCAGCCACUGGAGCGCGUUCCUCCACAGACCUGCAGUUUGUUGAAGUGACCGACUUCAUACUGGUCUUCACCUGGGUGCCUCCCGACGCGGCUGUGACCGGGUACCGCAUCAUGUACGGACAGGAAGAGGCGACGGAGCGGCUCACCCCCUCCCCGGGUCCCGGCGCUAGAUCUGCCGUCAUCACGGGGCUCCAGCCCGACACGAUGUACAAGGUGGAGAUCACUACAAUCGGAGUUUACCGAGAGAGUUCUCCUCUAGUCGGACAGAACAGGACCGCACCUAUCCCGACAACUUCGAAUCCUGCUACUACCACUCGGCGGACAAAUCAGAUGACUACCGUCCUUUCCACAAGCUCGUCCUCUUCAAGCACUCCGGCGAAGACGAUGGAGUCUGCAGGAGACCAGAUAUCGUCUGACGACGAUGACGCUGGAAGCGACAGUGAUUACUCUUAUGACAGUGAUUACUAUUAUGACUCGGAGCCAGAACCGCCAAUUCCUACAACAGAGCCCAACAAAGCUGCAACAACGGCAACAAGCAGCAAAUCACCGGAUGACGUCAGGCAAACGUCAUCAUAUCAGCCUGUAGAGGUGAAGACAACAGCUGCUGAGGAAAAGACAGAGGUGGAUAAGGCGAUGGACAUUCUUCAGUCCAUCACAAGCGCACUGGAUGAGGUCGACAUGUCCGACCCGGUAACUCUAGAGUCUGUGGGAGGAUCUCUAUUAGAGUCCAUCGCCGUCUUGCUUGAAGAACCAGAGGAAGAUGCGGAAGAGAAGACGGGUGAUGAUGGGCUCAGUUCUGAACCCGUAGAGGACGAGAGUCUCUCUCCAGAGGAGCUCCUUCAAAACGCUGAACAAAAGAAACACGAGAAUGAAGCUAAGAGAAGCAAUCUUGUCGAGCAAAGCCUUUGGGUCCUGGAGAAGAUGGAAAAUGCCAUGAUCAAGACCCUAAAGCCUGGAGACCCACCUGUGUCGCUCACAAAAGGCGGAGUCACCCUGAGUGCUCAGAGGAUUUUGGGCUCUGAGUUUGGGGGCCAGGUCGUGCAGACAGAGGAAGGAGGCUUCCAGCUUCCGUCUCAAGCCGCACUUUUCUCAGAAUUCGGACAUGCGCCGCGCAGUGUCACCGUGAAAAUGAAGCAGUUUGAACAAAACCCGUUCACCUGGGGCUCCGGGGAACACCAGGUCCGGUCAUCGGUCAUGGAGCUGUCCCUUCAACAGGACAACAACGAAGUAAUGACUUUCCGAAACCUCACAGAGGACUUCAUCAUCACUAUUCCAGGCAAUCCCAAAAAUAAACCGGCGACAAAGAUCAUAACCAUCCCUUCGGCCGGAAAUAGAAGCGCCAGGUAUCAUUUCUACAACCUUACCGACAGGGCAGAGGGAUUCCUGGUCACCAUCAUACCGUUAAACUUGAGUGUAGUGUACCGCGUGUCGGGUAGGCGCGGGGGCCGCCCUGACGACCAGAACUACGACAUGUCCAUGGAAACGUACGUUCUUCCCGAGCAGUGUUCCCUGGUGAAAACUCUGAGUGGCGAUGAAGGCCACACGGACAAGAUAAAGGCAACAAUGUUCAUCCAAGGGGAGGAGGAUCCGGGAGAAUACUACGUCAAAGUUCAGGUUCUAGGUCCAGUGACCGACUGUGGCGUCGAAAACAAGUCUGGCCCAGGGGAUGACUUCUUUGCCUACGACAUCAAGUGGGCCCGUCUGAGGUGUCUCUACUGGAACGAGACCCAGGAAGCCUGGAGGACAGACGGAUGUGCGAUUAGCAGCCAGUCUAGUACCAACAGCACCGUCUGCCACUGUAACCAUCUAACAGCGUUCGGGAGUGACUUCGCCACGCCGCCCAACGCCAUUGACUUUGGGAAGUUGGACUUCAGCGAUCUAGAAAACAACGGCGCGGUUUUCACAACCGUUUGGGUGGUGUUCUGUUUUUUCACGCUCGCAAUGGUCGCUUUACAAGUCAUGGAGAAAUUCAAGAAGAAGCUGAACCGCUCCAUUAAGUUAUACGGCUUGCAGGACCGUCACCCGUACCGCCUCCACAUCUGGACAGGCUCCGCUAAGCAUGCUGGGACGGAGUCCACCGUUGCCUUCAAGCUGUUCGGUGAUGCAGCAUCCUCCGAUCUGAAAGUGGUCAGCGGUGGAAAGGAGGUUUUUGCACGAGGCAGCCAGGUGACGCUGACCUUCAGCACAGCAGAACAUCUGGGUACCGUGGAGCUGCUGCAGCUCAUGCACGACAACAGUGGGGAGGGGAGCCGCGCGGCGUGGCACGUGGACCGAGCAGCCGUGCAGGAUCUCACCACCGGGAAAAUGUCCUACUUCUUCUGCGGGGAGUGGCUGGCAGCCGACCGCGGGGACAGGCAGGUCGUGAAGACCUUUCCUGUCGCCUCCGAGGAGGACUUGCGAUCCUUCUGGUUCCUGUUCCCGGCAAGUCUGCGGACUAUCCUGGUAGACGAACAUCUCUUUCUGUCCGUCGUUACCAUGCCUGAAGGUAGCACGUUCACCCGAAGCGAGAGGCUUGGCUGCUGCCUGAGUCUACUCCUCAUGUCCAUGGUGUCCAGCGCCAUGUGGCUGAGAGACGAAAUAGAAACCCAGGUCGUGCAGGCCAUCAACCUGGGUCCGUUCUCCUUCACCUUGAACGAAGUCUACACGGGAGCCAUGUCCAGCAUCACCUGCCUUCCCGUUGUCCUGGCGAUAGUUCUGCUGUUCCAGUACAGCAGACCGAGCAGCAAGGGCGACAGCCGGGUCCGAGACAUGGAGACGGGCGACCGACCCGAGGUAACCACGCAACAGAGACCAACCAAGGGCCUGCCACACUGGUGCAAGUACGUGGCCUGGGUGCUGGUGGUGCUGUCUUCCGUCGGGUCAGCUGCUUUCACCGUGCUAUACAGCUUGGAGUGGGGCAAGGAGAAGUCAGAGAGGUGGCUGUCUGCGUACUUCACCACCUUUUUUGUGGACACCUUGUUCUCGCAGCCAAUAAAGAUAAUGCUGCUUGCCACCUUCUUUUCAACACUUCGAAAGACGCAGGCUAUCAAGCAGAUUUUCGAAGAGAAGCCAGUUUUUUCACAAGAGGAGGAAGCUGUGUCUUCACGAAUGAGGGCAGGUUUAGACUGCGUCGCAUUUCGCAAGGAGAGAAAAAUGGAAAGACUCUCAAUGAUGUCCCUUCUGAACGUCAAAGAAGCGAGAAGGGAAGACAGGGACAGGAGAUUUAGGGUCGUUCUUUGGGGCAUCGUGUGGUAUUGUUUGAGCCUUCUCCUCCUAGUCAUAAUCGCCGACGCGCAACACAAGACAACUCCGGCCUUCCACCAGACACAAAGCGCGACCAACAGCUUUGUGCAAUCUCUAACCAAGGUCAAAGGGGCCGCUUCGUUCUGGUCCUGGCUGAACGUGACCGCUCUGGAGAGCUUUUACCCGGACACGUCCUACAAUGGCGGGCAUCUCCACUGGCGGGAGAAAGGCUUCACGGCUGACGUGCAGUCGGUCCUGGUCUCCCCGCCAAAUCUCAUGCAAUGCCGUGUAAAGCCAGGGCUCUGUACGGUACCUGUGGCAGUACAGCAUGACUUUGAGGAAUGCUCAUCGGGGUAUGACGAACACACAAAGGAGACCGGGACGUUUAGGAAGGGAUGGGAAAGGGUCACGAAUACGUCAGAGGUUGAACCAGGGGACACUGGCUGGAACUACCACCCCGGCGACUCCCUCAGUCUCCCCAUCUACGGUGUAACGACACGAUACUGGGGAGACGGCUUCGCUGUGCAGCUGGAAUCUGCAGACGAGAUGCGCAGCAUCCUAGCCGAGCUGAGGGACGACGGCUGGAUAGACAAGCGGACGAGAGUCAUCUUCUUGGAAGUCAUGCUCUACAACGGAAACCCGGACAUGCUCACAUCGCUGACGGCGGUGUUUGAAUUCUCCGAGACGGCCGGAGUUUUCACCCAACACCACCUGCACACUUCCCGGUUUCAUCAACAGCCGGGGACGAUCGGGUACAUCUACGUCCUGCUGGAAAUCGUCUACGUCAUCAUUCUCCUCUACACGCUGUGGAAAGAGGUGAACGCUGCACGGGCAGCCGGCCUGGCCUACCUGAAGGACCUGUGGAACGUUGUGGAAAUCUUCAACUUCUUCUUAGCAUUCACUGUCAUCGCCUUGUACGGCGUUAAUAGAGGCUACAGUUCCAAGGCGCUGACGGCGAUCCGAGAUGGGGAAGUUCUACAUUCCCGAUCGAUGGUGAAGAUGAACCUGGUGUACGGAUGGUUCCUCUCCUUCCUGACGUUCGUCAGUAUGUUGAAGCUCCUGCGGCUGCUGAGGUUCAACCCGUUCCUCGCCAAGCUGGCGUCCGUGUUCCGAGCGAUGGCCGAGGAGUUCUUGGUCUUCAUCAUCUACUUCUUCAUCAUACUAUCAGCAUUCGGCGCCUAUACCUACCUCACGUUUGGCCUUAUUAUGAAGGAGUACACAACAUUCACAAACUCCUUGUCCACAUUAUUCCAAAUGUCUCUUGGAUCCUUCAACUUCCACGAGCUGCAGGAGGCUAAUCCAAUUCUCGGCCCCAUCUAUUUCUUCGGGUUCGUUUGCAUACAAAUCCUUAUUCUGAUGAACGUCGCUACGGCCAUCAUCGACAGAGCCCUUCCCGAUGUGCGGAAUCACGUCAUGCCUGAGGCGGACCAGGACUUCAUCCGGGGUGUGUGGCAACGCUUCACGGCCUUCUUCGGCUUCGAAGAAGUACCUGUCACAGGUGAUGACGCAAUGGACAAGCUUCAUGACAGCAUCACAGAAGUUGAGAUUAAAGCCGAGAAACUGUGGCUGCAGAGAAAGACACUCUUUCACUGCAGGGUGAAGGAUGCGGACCUCCCCACAGAGCCCGAGUUUGUCCCGGCUGUCAAAGAUGUUCCGGAUGCUGCAGCAGUGGAACUCGGUGUGUCCAAGGCAUCCCGCGCCCGCCGCCGCGUCACUGAGGUCCGUCCUGCCGCCCAAAACAACAGCACGGACGACGGAUGUCGAGCGGAGGCAUCAGUGGCGGUGGCAUCAAGCUCCUGGUCAGAAGGACUGUCGGACAGCCAUGACAGCCACCAAACCAAACAACAACAGGUUACUAAGCAACAGCAUCACGCAGAGGCAAAAGCAGUGACGUCACCUCUCAAUCAGCCUUCUAAACUGACAGACGAAAAGGUAACAUCCAAGAGGCCGAAGCAUCUCGAAAAUCGCGUCAGAGAACGUCGGUUAGCUUUGGACAUCCACACUACUGGGGGCAAGGCUGAAACCGCAUCGAGCAAAGUAUGGGUGCCAGGGCUCACGUUAACCAUCUUUGACAGGAGGGUUCUGACAGUCGGUGAGAUGCUGACGGACGAUCACAUCCAGGCCGCCCAGAAGCUGCUCCGCCGCCAGUACCCGGCACUCCAAGGCCUGGAGGAGCCCGCGGUGGGCCUCUGCGGGGACGGGUUUGCCAGAAUGACGGGAAAUGGGCUACAGAUCCACAACAACAGAGCCCAGCACUGGGUUCUGUCGUCUCACACAGACGGACAGGUGUGUCUGUACGACAGCCUCGGCACCGCCAUGACCACAUCUCUGCAGAUUCAGCUUUGCCAGGUUUACGCCGCGUUUGCUGACCGAGAGAGGCACGUGCUAUCUGUAAAGAGACCGACCGUACAGAGGCAGACGAAUGCUGUAGAUUGUGGGCUGUUUGCCAUCGCCUGGGCAGUGGACAUCGCGGAGGGGCAAGAUGUGUCCAUAGUCGUGUAUGAUGACGAGAAAAUGAGGAGCCAUUUGGAGAUGUGCUUCAAACAAGAGAAGCUCACACCAUUCCCACGUCUGCACGGUUACAUCGCGAGGGCCGGCCCAGCGAGGGUCGAACGCGUCUCGCUGGUUUGCCGCUGCGCACAGGGACAGGGCGAGCGUCUGGGAAGGAUGGGGAGGUGCAAGGUGUGCCGCAGGAUUCUACAUGUCAGCUGCCUGCCGACCUGCCCUGCUGAUGAUGGCACGUUGUCAUGCGGUGACUGCACCGUGUACCACGACAAUCGUGCGACGUUCUACGACAAUCGUGCGACGUUCUACGACAAUCAUGCGACGUUCUACGACAAUCUUGCGACGUUCUACGACAAUCAUGCGACGUUCUACGACAAUUAUGCGACAUUCUACGACAAUCAUGCGACGUUCUACGACGAAAGUGUCUCCUUCGCAGAGAAAAACUGA